AUGUUGAGAGUCGUUGUUGGAUUAGACCGCCGCACACUGGAUUCUUCAGAAUUUCCACUCCCCAAUUUUCGUGGAGAGCAACACCACGACGAAAAACCAACAACUCCGACAGUCGCCAUGAAGUUCCUCAAGGUCGGCCGUGUUGCCAUCAUCACCAGGGGCAGAUAUGCCGGAAAGAAGGUCGUGAUCAUUCAACCCCAAGACACCGGCAACAAGAGCCACCCAUACCCUCACGCAUUGGUCGCCGGUAUCGAGCGCUACCCAUCGCAAAUCACCCGCCGCAUGUCAAAAGCCCGUCAAGCCAAGCGCAGCAAGGUUAAGCCGUUCAUCAAGGUCAUCAACUACAACCAUCUGAUGCCCACACGUUACACCUUGGAGUUGGAGGGAUUGAAGGGAGUUGUGACUGCCGAUACUUUCAAGGAGGUUUCCCAGCGAGAGGAUGCGAAGAAGACCGUCAAGAAGGCUUUGGAGGAGAGAUACACGUCCGGAAAGAACAGAUGGUUCUUCACUCCUCUCCGAUUUUGA